AUGGACGUGAGCGCGUUGUUCAAGGCCAGCGUUAAGGCGGUGAAUCUGCGGAACAAGGACCUCGGUGUGCCGGUAGCAGAGAGCCAGCCGCGGGGGACCAGGAGCAAGAGCACCUUCUGUAUGAAGGUGCACGUAGUGGUCGUGCAGAUCUCCAAGCUGCGCGAGUUCCUGCUGGAGAACCGCAAGGCCUAUCUGAACUUCUCCAACUAUCUGUCCACAACGUCGCACAUGUCGGAUGCGGAACGCGACGAAAUCGACCUGGGUGCGCAGCGAAUAAUAAGCACCUGCUCGCAGCUGGUCAAAGACUUGAAGCGAGAAAUCGCGGCAUCGACAGAGAUCACCCAGCAGAACAUUGAACAUCGCGAGAUCAUGCUGCUUCUGAUAGAAGACUACCUGAAGAAUGUCUGCAAGAUAUACUCGGAACAGAAGGCGAUGCGCGUGAAAAAGGCCAUGGAGAUGCGAAAGAUCUCGAAACUGCAAGCAGAUCAGCCGUUGUCGACAGUGACGAAAAGAUCGGCUUUGAACGUGGUCGAUCCCGCGGACGAUCAUGAUAUCAAGAACGGCUCAAGCGAGUCCAGCCCGAUGAAGAUCCAGGAAAUCAACGGCGAUGUCAACACGAUAACGUACGAAGAGGAAUUGUCGACGGAGGACAUCCAGAUGUUCGAGUCAGAGAACGAGCAGUUGUACAACGAGCUGAACACUAUGACGGAGGAAGUGAAGCAGAUUGAGAGCAAAGUGGUGCACAUCGCUGAGCUUCAGGAGAUCUUUACGGAGAAGGUUCUGGACCAAGACAAGGAUCUGGAUAGGCUGAUGACGACGGUGGUGGGAUCGACGGAGAAUGUAAAGGAGGCGAACGAGCAGAUUCGCCAAGCGAUCCAGAGGAACGCCGGUCUCAGGGUGUGGAUCCUCUUCUUUCUUCUGGUGAUAUCAUUCUCAUUGUUGUUCCUCGAUUGGUACAAUCCAUAA